AUGCAUGAGGACCUCCAGCGUCGCCGAAAUCCCCAUAGGAAAGCAUUGAAUAAUGCUUCCUAUGGGGAGGUCUAAUGUGGCCAUUGCCGCGCAUGCACAUUAGGUCUCUGAUGACGGCGGGGGAGGAGCAUGGGCAGAGCCUGACCCUGUGCCGAGGGAGCCUGACCCGUGUGCUGAGCCUGACCCAGCGCCAUGGGUGAAGCCUGACCCGGCGCUGGAUUCAGGUUCUGACUAUUAGAUCUGUGCAAAGUUUGGGACAUUUCUGAGAAGCCGCAUCACAUACAGUGUCAUACAAAGACACAUAAACCAGAGAUGGAUGUAAAGCACAUAAAGGAUUAUCUCUCUUGGCUGUAUUAUCAGUACCUUCUGAUAACUUGUAGUUAUGUUUUGGAACCCUGGGAGCAAUCCAUAUUCAACACUGUUUUACUGACUGCAAUCGCCAUGAUGAUCUACAGCUCGUAUGUCUUCAUUCCUAUCCACGUUCGAUUGGCUAUGGAAUUUUUAUCUGGGAUUUUUGGUGGUCAACAUGAAAGUACUGUUGCACUUAUGAGCUGAUCCUGGCAUUCAACAUUCAAUUCUUUCCAUUGAGUUGAUGGUCCCUCUGUUUCCUAAAUGAAGUGAAUGUAUAGUGACUAAAAGAACAUUUUCACUUUUUUAUUUUAUUUUGGGGGGGAAGAAAUGGGGGGGGUGAAGAGGUAAUCAUUUUGCGUUUUUAAUUUGUUUUGAGAAAAUGCGUGUGUGGGCAAGGAUGGAGAGUGGGUGGUAUAGUGUGCAAUACUUACACCUACCUGUACCCAAAAGCAUCUACCAUAUAUACCUGAGAUAAUGUAUGUAUAUCUCUGUUCAUAUACUUUAACAAUUAUGGUCAGUUGAUUGGCAACCUUUGCUACAGCUGUCUACAUGGAAGAAAAAAAGUAGACUGGAGAUAGAGGGUGUUUUUCAUUUCUUUUGCUUACAAUCUCUAUAAGUAUGCGGGGAAUUAUAUAAGAAUGUAAUACGACAUACUGCAUAUUAAUUAUAUAAAGUGACACUCCAUCAGAGACCUACAGUUAAGACUACAAGGUGAUUUAUUCUUAAUGCUGUAUGACCCUUUUCAUCGAUAUGUAUAGUUGCAUAUAAUUCCAUGACACUAUUUUACUCAUGGAAGCUGACUUUUAAUGUGUUUGCCAUCUAUAGACAAGUUACAAUUCUUUACUUCCAUUCUUUAUGAUUAUAUUUGCACACAUAGACUACGGUAGUAAGAAUAUGAAAAUUGUCUUUAAAUUAGAAACUCUGACUUCUCACCGGUCAUGUUACCUUUUGUUUUUUUGUUUU